CCAAAGUGGUCAAUAAGCCCAGCAAUCAAGAAGAAGGAAUGAGUGGGUUGAUAGAGCCACUGGCCGUCGGCAAGGUUAUCGGAGACGUCGUGGACCCCUUCGUGCCGGAGUUGAAACUGACGGUGCAGUUCGGGUCGAAGCAGGUGAUGAGUGGUUGUGAGAUCAAACCCUCACUGGCAGCUGACAGGCCUCGUGUUCGACUCAUGUCUCCUUCUAAUAACAAUAAUGCUUCCAAUCUGUACACUCUGGUAAUGGUGGAUCCUGAUGCUCCAAGUCCCAGCGAACCAACAUUCAGAGAGUGGCUCCACUGGAUUGUCGUUGAUAUUCCGGAGGGUUCUGAUGCCACUCAAGGGAAAGAAGUAGUGAGUUACGUGGGGGCGAGCCCGCGGAUGGGAAUACAUAGGUACGUGUUUGUGGCGUUCAGGCAAAGGGGAGGAUCACUUGAUGGCGUGGAAGCAUCGUUGCGAGAAGAACGAGCCAAUUUCAAUACCCGACACUUCUCUUCCAAACACGGCCUUGCUCUCCCGGUCGCCGCCGUUUACUUCAAUUCCCAAAAGCAGCCCAAGUGUCGCCGGACCCCUUCAUCCAUCAGUGUAUUUGCUGUGUACAAGAAAUCGAGUUCAUGUAACUCCAUUCUUGGGUAGAAGUAUUAUCCACUGCAAUUUAAGCUCCACAGGCAGAAAUGAUAGGGACUAAGGAUCCCUCACAGGUACCGUUGGUUGUUGAAUUAUAGGUGAAAAAGGCAAAAUCAAGGAAUUUGC